AUGGGUCAUAGUGUUAUGAAGCCCACUUUACGAGGCAUAACCUCCAAAAUAAUUCUUCUUGGCGCAGUUUAUUUUGUGGAUUCUGAAGCCUUGGAGCUUGUUAAGCAUUUGGGUAUAUCAAUGUCUUUGUCGAAAAAUCAAGACUCUUUCUGGUGUUAUCUGUUGCACAUUCUGAUGCAUUCUUUAUUAUUUGAAUUUUUUUCAUCAUUAUCCAAAAAUUUGGAGAAGCUUCAGGUAAUGGUCCCAUUUGAUUUUUAUGCUCAGCGUGUUGGAACUAUUGGUGUUGAAAAUGGUGUUGGGGAUACUGUUGGAGUGCCGAAUUUCUUUUGGGGAAGGAAGACAAAUUAA